AUGCAAUUCUAUAGAAGUGCAGCUUUGGAGGAGUUCCGUAAUUCAGGCAACAAGAACCAUAAGCUUAAGGAUAUCUUUGGUAACGCAGUCGAAUUCUCUAAAGAUCAGCAUGGUUCUAGAUUUAUUCAACAAGCAUUGGCAGAAUCGACGGAGGAGGAGAAAGAGGUUUUCUUUAACGAAAUCCGUGACGUUGCAGUUGACCUUAUGACUGAUGUCUUUGGUAAUUAUGUCAUCCAGAAGUAUUUCGAACACGGUUCCGAAACUCAAAAGAAAGUUUUACUCGAUGAGAUGAGAGGCAAAAUCAAAGAUUUAUCCUUACAGAUGUACGGUUGCAGAGUUGUCCAAAGGGCGAUUGAAUUCGUGGCAUUGAAUGAUCAAAUCGCCAUCAUCAAUGAAUUGAAAGAUUAUGUGUUACCUUGUAUCAAGGAUCAAAAUGGUAACCAUGUUAUUCAGAAGGCGAUUGAAAAGAUUCCAAUUGUUGAGGUUAGCUUUAUCUUUGAUUCUUUAAAGGAGCACAUUUACCAUUUAUCCACUCAUCCAUACGGAUGCCGUGUUAUUCAGAGACUCUUGGAGUUUUCCAAUGAAGAGGAUCAAAUCUAUAUCUUGAACGAGUUGAACAAAUUCACCUACUUCCUCAUCCAAGAUCAAUAUGGUAACUAUGUGAUUCAACACAUCAUCGAGCAUGGUAAACCUGAAGACAAAACAGCAAUUGUUCAAGUUGUGUCUGAUUCUGUGGUUGAUCUCUCAAAACACAAGUUUGCCUCGAACGUUGUUGAAAAAUGUGUCAUGUUUGGUAACGAGGAACAAGUUGCUCUUAUCUUGGACAAAGUCCUUGUCAAUAACGAUAAGGAUGAUGAUUCCGUAGUGGAUGACCGUUCUCCGUUGGGUUUGAUGAUGAAGGAUCAAUUUGCUAAUUACGUUGUUCAAAAGCUCGUUGAGGUGUCUAAGGGCAAGAAGAAGAGAAUUCUCAUCAAGAAGAUCAAGCAGUAUCUCAAGCAGAUCUCUAAGCCAAACUACGGUAAACACCUUGCGUCAAUUGAGAAGUUGAUCGUUUUAGCUGAAACGGCAGAGAUUUCUGAUGACGAUGACGAAUGA